AUGGCUACACCGUCUGUUGAGCUGAAGGGGACUGGGAAACUGGACGAGGUUACCAGCCUCAUGGGAAAGCUCACAGCAGACCUAGAGAAGAUCAGCUUACUACCGCACCAACGCGAUGCAAUCCUAGAACAGGUCAAGGUUCAUGGCCGCGACCCUACUGACUCCGAUCCUAUCUUCACGAGAGAGGCAAAGACACUGUCCCGCCAUGCCUUCAACAGCCCCUCCCUUACAACUUCCCGGAAUGCCCUACGAGUCCUAGCCAACGCCCUCCUUCUCAAACCCGAAACGAGACAAAUAUUCGUGGAUCUGGGAUUUGAGCAAAAGGCAUGCAACAAGCUGAAGAAUGAUAGUCGAGACGAUGAAUUUCUAAUUUCCCGGAUCCUCUUCCUCAGUACCUAUGAUACAAAUCUCGACCUUCAAAAGUUGAUCGACGAUUACCACUUGGCGGAGAACAUAUGCCAGAACAUCGGCAGGAAUUCGAAACAAUACGUCACGAAGCAGAAGAAGGUGAAGGAGGUCGACCCUAUGGAGGAAAUGGCUUUGAUUGAGAUGGCCAAGUUGAUGUUCAACAUCACACACUACUGUCCCCAACGGAUUGGAGCUUUCUCGCCAGCCAUCCAGCCAAUGUUGAUUAUCCUUACGAAACGUACUAUUCCAAGUGGCAAGCCCCUGGAACCUCCGAUCGGAUCUCUGGUCAAUGCCCUGAUGAACCUGGACCUGGAGCAUAAGGAUAAUGUGGCAACUCUGUUCCCCAAAGCAACACCAAACGUUCAUAUAACCCGCCUCGUUGAACUUCUGGAAAAGAGUGUGAAAGUUUACACUGAGGACGAGCUCGAACAUAACGUCUCGCCUCUCUUGACAGUAAUCAGAAAAGUCCUACCCCUCGCCCCAAAAGAUGUCCAAACCUAUCUCGGCAAGCUUCUCCUUCCCUCCGAAGAAGACCGCAAACAAGUUCUCGGCCGCACCGAAACUUUGCCCUCCCGUCUCCUCCGCCUAACCAACAAUCCUCUUAGCCCACAGGUCCGGGAGUCUGUCUCCGCCCUACUCUUCGAGCUCUCUAACAAAGAUGCCCGCACGUUUGUACAAAAUGUAGGCUACGGCUUCGCAUCUGGAUUCCUGUUCCAGCAUAACGUUCCUAUCCCGGAGAAUGCAUUGGAGGCGUGGAGUACAAGUAGUGAGGGUAGUAACACAAGAGCGAGUCAGGAUAGUAUGGCGCAAAGGGUAAAUCCUAUCACGGGGCAGUUGCUGGACAUGGAAGAGCAUGUUGAGAUGGAAGAGAUGACUGAGGAGGAGAAGGAGAGGGAGGCGGAGAAGUUGUUUGUGCUGUUUGAGAGACUCAAGAAGACCGGCGUCAUGGACGUACAGAACCCAGUCGCGAAAGCCUACUCGGAGGGUAGAUUACAGGAGUUGCCCGAUGAUGCGGAGUCUGAUUGA